UUUUUCCAUUCUUUUUCUCCAUCAUUUUUGUUCUUUUUAACAUAUUUUCCCCUACUGGUUCUGAGGCCUUCCUCAGAUUAUGUUUUCCUUAAAUUUCCUCCUCACCAUGACUUUCCGUCGGGGAAUUAUACUCUUAUUCCUGUUAAAUUUUAUUAUGUUAUUUUUCUUUCUGUUUCUUUCUUUAAAUGAUCACUCCAUCUCCAUCUCACAUUCCCCUACUUCUAAGAGGGAAAAAAUACACCUCCUUAUUGUCUCUUCCUGGCGUUCUGGUUCUUCAUUCUUAGGACAGAUCUUCAAUCAGCACAAUGAUGUCUUUUAUUUAUAUGAACCUGGGCAUCCCAUCUGGAUGAGAUUAAAGCAAGAGUCGGCUGAGCUACUUCAGUAUACUGUCAGGGACCUGCUGCGAUCACUCUUUAACUGUAAUGUAUCUCCUCUCCACCCAUAUCUCCCCAGUAGGGUGCAGCGUAUCUCGCACAUAGACUUCUUUUCUGAGAGUCGAGCACUCUGCUCCCCUCCCGCUUGCUCAUCUUUAAUUCAUUUAGAGAGCUAUGACCAAACAACUUGCUAUCAUCGUUGUGGGAAUGCUUCCCUAGACAGGAUGGAAGAGUCAUGUAGGUCUUACAGUCAUGUGGUGAUAAAAACUGUGAGGGUCUUCGAUUUUUCUGUCCUUCUGCCUCUCCUCCAGGACCCUACAUUGAACUUGAAGAUCCUACAUCUGGUGAGAGACCCAAGAGCUGUGGCUGCAUCAAGGAAAAAAGGAAAAUAUUAUCUCAGUAUAGAUGACAAUAUUGUCAUUAAAGAUGGAAUGGAUGGAAAGAAACUCAGCCAGGAUCAAGUCAUGAUGAAGAUCUGCAAAAGCCAGGUUGCCAUCUACAAGGAAGCCAAGUCAUCUGGAAUGUUCAGUCGGGGGCGUUAUAUGCUCAUACGCCAUGAAGAUCUUGCAAUGGAACCUUUGGCAAAUGCCAAAAGACUUUUAAAGUAUGCAGGUCUUCAUUUGACAUCAGAUCUGGAGAAAUGGAUAUAUAACGUGACCCAUCAUGAUAUAAAACAACUUAAUGAUUUUUUGUCAUUCUCCAGGGAGGCUGCUAAAGUCAUUCAGAAGUGGAGGGGUGAACUGGAUUUUAAGAUGGUAAAAAAUAUUGAAAAAUAUUGCAAGGGGGCAAUGAAGGCCUUUGGUUACUUGCCUUUGAACUCAGAGAAAGAAAUGAAAAACCUGACUUUGAAUUUGAUAACAAAUAUUAAGGAAGAACCCCUUUAAAAUGUUGGAGAAGUACAAAAAGCAGCUGAGAAAAAAACAUAUUGCACAAUUUUUUCAAACAUUUUAGAAAUGGAUGAAAAAACACAUCAUGUCAAAAUUUUAUCUCGUGUCAAGAAAUGGCUGAAUUAUUUGUGAUGGUAGCAAAUAUACUAAGGCAACGUAUGGUGGUUAUGUAUAAUGAGCAAUCCUGUGGUAAAUUUUCUAGAAAUUGAGUAAGCACUAUCUGAACUGCUGCAAUGUUGCUUCACAUCUCCUGAAAACAAGCCCUAGCUUAUUUGGGAGAGGCGGAGGGGGGAGAGGGGGCGCUCCUAAAAUAAGCUCUACCCUGAAAAUAAGCCGUAGUCGCUAUUCACAAGUUUGCUAACCUAUGUUCGGGGAAGUUUCCCUGAACACAGAUUCACAUGAUUCUAUGCGCUAGUAAGCUAAUCUAUGUCCGGGUAAGUUUCCUCGCCCAUAGAUUCGCAGGAUUCCAUGCACUAGUAAACUGGUCUAUGUUCGGGGAAUUCCCCUGAAUGUAAACCCUCCUUCUAGCACACGCUUGCCUCGAAAUAAGGCAUCCCCAAAAAAUAAGCCCUAGUGGAUUUUUUCAGGGGAAAAUGAAUAUAAGACCCUGUCUUAUUUUCAGGGAAAGACGGUGAAAUGUAGUAUAAUCUAUCAAAAUUGGUAAAAGGGGGCAGGGAGGGGUGCUAUUUUGUAGUGGUUUGACAAAAAAAACAGGACUUUUUCUAUAACCCAUAGCCCUUACCCUCUGCAGCAGCAUUGCUAAUACACAAAUUUCACUUUAUCAAGUACAACCCAUGCAUUAAGUAUGAGUAGUCCAGAGUCUAACCAUGUCUAGUCCACCAUCCACAUUGUUAAACAAGCUUCCAGUGGCCCCAGCAGUUACUGUGAAUAUUUAGAUGCCAAAAUAUUGAGUUGCAGCAUUCCAGGACUGAGUUCAUUUGUUCGUUAUAACAACAGCUAUUGUUGUUAUAGCUUGUUAACCAAGUGUCUAUGUUUAAUAUAUAUGAUGUUCCAUUAACAUCUCAAUAAUAUUGGUUAUUUAUGGUUGAGUGUUCAGAAAUAAUUACUGAACAGAAAUGGCUAUUUAUGUAUUUUGUACAUACGUUAAUACAUUGUUUGUAAUUUGG